GGAAACCAACGUCUGUGAAUAAGCGUCCAGUGACUUUGAUGUUCAAAACAUGUUUAAAAUUUUUAUUUGUACACAAGUAAACAAUUUGGGUGAAUUUUAAGAAUGACACAAUCAAUUGUCGUUCAAGUUGGGCAGUGUGGAAACCAGAUAGGCUGCAGGUUCUGGGACCUGGCUUUAAGGGAACAUGCUGCUGUCAACAAGCAUGGCACUUAUGAUGAAUCGCUCAGCAGUUUCUUCCGAAAUGUUGAUGACCGAUAUGAAGAUGCAGAUAUUCCCCUGGAGCAGGGGCGGGGCAAAAUCAAGUCCCUUAAAGCAAGGGCUGUACUGGUUGACAUGGAAGAGGGAGUGGUCAGUGAGAUGAUGAAAGGGCCGUUACGGGAAGUGUUUGAUUUUAAACAGCUCCUUACUGAUGUUUCAGGGGCAGGGAAUAACUGGGCGGUUGGGCAUAAGAUGUAUGGCAGUCAAUACCGGGAGCAGCUAAGUGACAUUAUUCGGCGGGCCGCAGAGUUCUGUGACUGUCUACAGUGCUUCUUUAUUCUACAUUCCAUGGGUGGAGGUACUGGAUCAGGUGUUGGGACAUUCAUUUUAAAUCUCCUGGAAGAUGAGUACCCAGACGUUUACAGGUUUGUGACAGCGGUAUACCCCUCUAUAGAUGACGAUGUUAUCACUUCCCCCUACAACAGUGUUCUGGCUAUGAGGGAACUGACUGAGAAAGCUGACUGUGUUCUUCCAAUUGAAAACCAGGCCCUGGUAGGCCUGGUCAACAAGAUCAACCAAGCCCUUCCCCCGACAAAGACGGGCAAACGUAUGUACACCAGUGUUGGUGGUGAUGUCAAGAGGGGGAGCGCUAUUUCGGCUGCAGAGGGGGGCGUGGUCGGUCAGGCCAAUGAGAAACCCUUUGACACCAUGAAUAACAUUGUUGCCAAUUUACUGCUUAAUAUGACCAGUUCAGCGAGAUUUGAGGGAUCCCUAAAUGUAGAUUUAAAUGAGAUUACGAUGAACCUAGUGCCAUUUCCACGACUGCACUACCUCGUGUCUAGCCAGUCCCCGCUAUUCACACUGUCUGAUGUCAAUCUGCCACCUAGAAGACUUGACCAGAUGUUUUCGGAUGCGUUUUCCCGGGACUAUCAGCUGUUACGUACCGACCCAAAACACAGCCUUUAUCUGGCCUGUGCUCUUAUGGUGCGCGGGAAUGUCGAGGUGUCGGAUGUGCGUAGGAAUAUAGAAAGGUUAAAGCCCAGUCUGAAGUUUAUCCAUUGGAACACGGAGGGUUGGAAGACGGGGAUGUGUUCUGUUGCCCCGGUAGGCCAGUCACAUUCCCUGCUCACCCUGGCCAACAAUACAUGUAUACACAACAACUUUACCGAACUCAAGGAUAGAUUUGUGAAACUGUACAAGAGAAAGGCCCACGUUCACCACUAUACAACCGUUGACGGUAUGGAAAUGUCUGAUUUCUCUGAAAGUCUUGAAUCUAUCAACUCCAUCAUCCAGGAAUACUCGGACCUUGAGAAACAGAUGAAUAACCCUCCCCCACCCGAGCCCAGGCUUCAGGUCUUGACUUGACGGAGGAGAAGUGUACUUGAACAUUGACAAAAUCCAGCUCCCUUUUGAACAGAGGCUAUAGGUCUUGAUAAGAUGGAGAAGUAAUAUUCAAUAGCACAGUAGACUAAGUCAAUUUGGUUCGAUAAACAAACAUGGAUGGCUGACAGUCGAAGAUGCCAACAUGAUGGUUUGUGCAACAAUGGAUGAAACCAAGAUAUGAUAAUGGACAUAUUAGGAAGUCUGUUGUGAAACCAACAAAGCAGGCUUACAGUUUGUAUAACUCAACUCAUGGUUGGGGCAAAAAAAGUCUUAAAAAAGAUGCCGAAAGAAGCAUGGUGGGGCAUCCUGGAGCACUUUGUCCUUUCAGUCCCAAUCAUGAUAGCAUGGUUUCAGAACACCAUUGCCCAGACAAGUAGUAUAUAAUCCUCCUUGCUGAACGGAUAACGGAUUAUGUACAGAGUAAACCAUUCCACUUUGUAUUCCUGAAGUUAACUCAACAUUGAAUCGAUGUUAAAGCGCCCAAUCAACUAGAAUAUCCGUAAAAGAACACCCUUCUCAUGUCGAUGUUUCACACAACCUCAAAAACUUUACAACAGAGAAUGGAUCAUAGACAAAACAAACCUUCCUACUCUGUAUGACCAAUGUUAACUCAACGUGAUUCCAGUCCAGGGUUCAAGUGCCAAAUUAACAAGAAUAUUGAUUGAAAACAACAUUCCCACGUCAAUGAUUCACACCAUUUCCAGACCACAAGCACUCUGAACAGGUCAUGGACAAAGAAAACAGUACUACUCCAGUUUCAAUACUUCCAUGUAUUUAAAGAAAAUGAAACAUUAUUGUGUUAAAUUCUGAUUCGUUAUAUUUAUGUCUCCCCCUCUCUGGGGGAGACAUAUUGUUUUUGCCCUGUCCGGUAGUCCGUCAGUCCGUCAGUCUGUCCGUACGUCACACUUCGUUUCCGAUCGAUAACUGGAAAACCGCAUGACCUAGGAUCACCAAACUUGGUAGGGAGGUUGGUCGUGAGGUGUAGAGGAUCUCUAUUGUUUUUGGGGUCACUAGGUCAAAGGUCAAGGUCGCGGCGACCCCCAAUAUAAAAAACAUUUCUGCUCAAAAUCUUGAGAACGGUUUGACCUAGGUUCACCAAACUUGGUAGGGAGGUUGGUCAUGAGGUGUAGAAGAUCCCUAUUGUUCUUGGGGUCACUAGGUCAAAGGUCAAGGUCGCGGCGACCCCCAAUGUAAAAAACAUUUCCGCUCAAUAUCUUGAGAAUGGUUUGACCUAGGUUCACCAAACUUGGUAGGGAGGUUGGUCAUGAGGUGUAGAGGAUCCCUAUUGUUUUUGGGGUCACUAGGUCAAAGGUCAAGGUCGCGGCGACCCCCAAUAUAAAAAACAUUUCUGCUCAAAAUCUUGAGAACGGUUUGACCUAGGUUCACCAAACUUGGUAGGGAGGUUGGUCAUGAGGUGUAGAAGAUCCCUAUUGUUUUUGGGGUCACUAGGUCAAAGGUCAAGGUCGCGGCGACCCCCAAUGUAAAAAACAUUUCCGCUCAAUAUCUUGAGAAUGGUUUGACCUAGGUUCACCAAACUUGGUAGGGAGGUUGAUCAUGAGGUUUAGAAAACUCCUAUAUUUUGGGGGGUCACAAGGUCAAAGGUCAACGUCGCUGUGACCUCUAAUGUAAAAAAAUAUUUCCGUGCAAUAUCAGGAGAAUGCUUUGAUCUAGUUACAUUUUAUACCAGUUUGAUUGAUUGGAAGAACUGAUAAGAUGUCAUAGUAUAGCCAUGGACAGGAUUCUGUGUUUAUAAAAAAAAGUCUCCUUAAAGCUUCAACUGAAUUUAUUAUGUCUCCCCAAUUAAUGGGGAGACAUAUUGUUUUUGCCCUGUCCGUCAGUACAUCCGUCACACUUCGUUUCUGCUCAAUAACUAAAGAACGCUUGCACUCAGGAACUUUAUACUUGGUAUGCUAGUUGGUCAUGACUAGUAGAUGACCCCUAUUGAUUUUGAGAUCAAUAGGUCAAAGGUCAAGGUCGCAGUAGAUAUUCACUAUUUAAUACAGGUGAAUAAACCAAACUUCACUGUUGGUUUGUCUCCUGUCCAUAAUUACAAAUUUCAUGUCCAUCUUUUUUUUUCUCAGAUACGACCACACAAUAGGGGAGACAAGCGCUUUUUCAAAAAAGUAAUCUCUAGUUAAUUAUGCUGUGCUGAAAGCUGGAUUAUAUUUAACAUUGAUAAUGUCUAACUUGUUAUCCGCUUUAAAUAAAGUUGUUAUUGUUGUUACUAUUAUUUUUAUUUUUUUAUUAUAACCAUGUAUAGUUAGAAUCAUUCUCAAACCUCAAGCGAUAACCAUUCCUGUAGCAUAAUUUAAUAUGGAUCUUAUGCAUAUUGUUAGGCAGCACUCGUCAUGUUAUCAUAAUCAAAUCGUAUUAAACAUGUACACAUGUAUUAUGUUUAUAAUUGUGUCUAAAAAUAGCCAUCUUCUCCGGCUCAUAUUCAAUUUCUCCGUAUAGCUGAAAAUUCCCUUUAGCCAGUUUCCAAAGGUUAUCAGAAAGUUCUAAAUAUCGAAGAAUCUUGUAACCACAAUUCUAUUUACGAUUCUCAUAAACCUCAUUUCCUGGAUCAUCAGGACAUGAACCACUUAGUUAGCGAGGUAACGGUUACAAUGAAAUUUAUACCAUAACGAAUAUUAUACUAAAUAUCCGUAGAAAUUCCUUUAUAUUAUUCUGGGCAAUGAAUGGCCAUCCUGGUUAUAAAUCGAAUCCCUUUACCUUAAGGCUUAUUCCUGGAUUUUGGUGCUUGGAGAGGAUACUCAUACUUAAGAAAUAUUACACACCACUGAGGGUCAUAUGACAUUAUAAGGACCGCCCAGUCAGCCCCCGAAGGUGUAUAUGGACCGAUGCGUUGGCCGAGGUCCAUUCACCUUUGGGGGCUGGCCGGUCCUUAUAAUGCCAUAUGGCCCGAAGUGGUGUGUUAUAUUUCUUAUAUUGUACCGAACACUUUUUUACCACUUAAUAAUUUUAAAGUGCCUUUGAUGCGUUUUAUUAAACAAAUCAAAUAUUUUUUUCUUGCGAAAAAAUGUUGUUGUGAAAAUUACAAGCAGCACUCAACAGUUAAUGACGUCAGCGGUCCAUAUUGGAUACAAACUGGAUUCUUAUUAAAAUACAUUAAUAUACGGACCGAUCAACUUUAUAUUCAAAAAGAAGGGACACAUUAAUGUAAGGUAUAAUAUUAUAUGAUAUGUUGCUGCUUGUUUAUCCGUUAACUUGCCAUAUGAUGCAA